CUCCACCGUUCGCCUUCUCAUAAUGCCCUACCUUCGUCUCCUCCUCGUCCUCAAUCUGAACACCAGGCGAAAGCAACGAAGUGGAGAGAAGAAGGGAAAGGGGAAGCCGCUCUCGGCGAUCGCGAGACCACCACCGCCGACCUCAAGCGCCUGCUCAAGAUGGUGCUGUUGAAAGCAGAUCCGUUCCUCAGCGAGCUGACCAACAUGUACGAGCGGAGCACGGAGAAGGGCUCUGUCUGGGUCACCAUGAAGCGAUCGUCGCUCAAGUGCGCGGCUAGGUUGAAGAAGAUGGAGAAGAAGGGACAGACGGUGGAGUACAUGUGCCUCGUCCGCGCUACCGAUGGCAAGAGGAACAUCUCCACCUCGCUGGCUGCAAAGGACUAUGCCAAAUUCCAAGCUUCGUAUGCUCUAGUUCUUAAAGCCCAUAUGCAUGCUUUGAAGAAGAGGGAGAGGAAGGACAGGAAGAAGACCGUGGAGGCUGAGAAGGUACCCGAGAAGGAGCCAAAGAAGCAGAAGAAAUCAUCUUCAAAAAAAUCUUCAGGGUCUAAGUAGUGAGCCAAAGUAGCUGAGGCCCUUUUUCGCCCACAUCAAGAAUAUUCUGAGUGUCAUCGAGAUGUUAUCACCUUCUUUACCCUAAUUCAUGUCUGCGAGAUGAAGCCUGUGAAUACCUAUAUAGAGAUGCGUCAUCCAUCAGCAUUUUUGAAGCAAGCGUUUUGUCCUGGUUGUAAGCCAACCUGGCCUUCUCUGAAUAGCAAGGGCAUGCUCGUUGAACUGCUAGACCUGACUACCAAAUUCUAGUGCAUUUUGCAAUGGUUCAUGGUUUUGAUGGUAUUAGACCGAGAUUAUGAAUGAGAAUAUGCAGUUAUGGUGCAGAGAAUGCA